AUGCAUGGCUCAAGAGGCUCGAAGCCAAAUCCAAAGAACAAACGCGACUCCUCGAGGAAGAAGGGAGGCGGAACUGGAUACAGGAGAACCAAAGGUUCAAUAGAAAAGACCUCAGCGUGGCAGUUGGCAGGAGCGGAGGAGGCGUCUGAAUUUCCAACCCCAAACGGGGGUCAAACAAUACUCAUGAUACACCGAGUACCUGUUUCGUCGUAUGGGAUACAAACAGACGAGCAGUCUCGCCGUCACCCAACGACUCGAUUUCAUCAAGACAGCGAGGAGAAGGAUGUCAUGGCCGACGACGAAAGCUCAGAUUGUCCCUCGUUUUUUCCCACUCUCCAUCCGAAAGGUGUACGGAUCUACCCUACAGCGUAUACAUCGUGUGAAAUGAGAACGACACCAAGCACCCGAGGGAACGAACGAAUGAAACGGCCCCGUGGACGACACGUCAUGCCAUGA